UUUUAGCAGUGCAAAUUCAAGCGCUGAAAUGUAACCGAUCUGGUUUGUUUUCCUAAUCGACCGACACAACUUGGACCAAUCUGAGACUACUAUAACACAGUCUCAGGACCAAUAUAAUGUAUUAGUCACAGGACACAAGUAUGAAAAUUGUACUGAGAUCGCUAAACAAUCGAAACAGUUGAUAAUCUGACUUAGCUUACAGAGGUACAGAACUUGGAGCAAUGCGUACAUUUGUACUUACCGGUAUAUAAAAAAGAUAAAUGAAGCGUUGUAGAAGAACAAUGUCAUGAAGUUCCAUUCUACUCAUGGCACAUCUGUGACACUGUCGGGGAACAAAACACUAGCAAAUCGAGCUGAGGGAAUAUUUUGCAAUGGGAUGACCUUUGGUGAUCAGCAGGUCAAAGUCAACCAGAAAGUAUGUGUAGAAUUAUCAACCUCAACAUCAUGGAGUGGUGCUCUAGGUAUUGGACUAACCACAAAUAAUCCAUCAAAAAUAAACCAAUCAGAAUUGCCUAGGUUUGCUUUUCGUAAUUUAGUUGAGAAAGAUGGUUACUGGAUAAGAGCAGUUGCAGAAAAAUGGAUCAAGGAAAAGUCCAAGUUGAUUGUAUAUCUAAGUUCUUCAGGAGCCCUUCAGUUAUUUAUAGAUGGGGAUUACAAAGGAGCAUGGGUUACCAACAUACCUACAGAUAAACAGCUGUGGGUUGUUGUGGAUAUCUAUGGGAAUACAACCGGAGCCAAGCUAGUCAAACCAGAUGAAGCACCAAAAGAAAUUCUUGCCAGAGGACCAGAUGCUGUUAUGGCCUAUGAAGAGGCUUGUACCUCAGGGACCAAAGUUAUCUACCGCAGUAGGCUAAUGUUGGUUGGCCAAGACAGAGUUGGCAAAACAAGCCUUAAAAAAUCCUUAAUUGGACUAGAACACAAUGUCAAUGAAGAGGCUACAGAUGGUAUAGAUCUGUCAUUUUCUUGCUCAUUUAAUCUGUCCCAAAAGUCGGAAUGGCAAUCUGCAAUCUCUGGUAACAAGAACCACCAAGAACAGUGUAACAGGGACCAGUCAGAAAGUAUAGGAGAAUAUGAUUCUAUAGAAGAAGAAUAUAAUUAUGGAUUAGCUGAAAAUAUCAUUAAGGAAAUGACCAAACAGAAAACACACGUCAGAGCUAAAGUAUCUAGUAGAGACAGUUUAAGAAUUUUGUCUCUUGGUAGAAAAAAUGAUAAAGAAAAACAAAAUAUUAAAAACAUACCCUCAUCAAAUACUGAUCAUCCUAUCUUAAACGAGACAAUAAAGGAUGUUCCUGAAAGAGUGAUAGAACUUCUUCAAGAUAUGUUAGAACAACAAGAAGCAUGUUUACCUUCAGGAAAAAUUCCUAAAAAUAGCAAAGAUUCUAAAGUUGGGACACCUGAGGAACCUGUAACUAAAAAGGAAGCAGUACAAAAAGUGACAUUGAAUAUUUGGGACUUUGCAGGUCAAAGUGCCUAUUACACAGCACAUCAGGUUUUCUUAACCUUCAGAGCUGUUUACAUAAUUGUGUUCAAUCUGUGCCUUGAUUUAAAUGAUGGUGAUAAUGAGAUGAGUACUUUAGACUAUAUGGACUAUUGGUUGAAGACUAUCCAUGCUCAGAUCUCUGAUAAUACUAGAUCUCAGGUGGAUAAUACCAGAUUAUCUCCCCCUGUAUUUAUAGUUGGAACACACAGAAAUAGUCUGGCUUCAGAUCAGGAGAUACAAGAAAUGAUGGUUGAGGAGAAGUUUACAGUAAUACAAGAGUUUUUGGUAGACAAACCUUAUACUGAACAUAUAAUUACACCAUUCAUUGCAGUAGAGAAUAAUUUAGAUACUGGAGUUGAUGAUCAGAUUGGUUUCCUGAAACAAAAAAUUCAAGAAGUAGCUGGUGAGGAAUCUUAUAUGGGAGAAACAGUACCACUAAAAUGGCUGAAGUUUGAACAGGAAGUGUUGAAACUGGUAGAACAAGGAACCAGUUAUGCAUCUUUUGACCAGGUCAUGGAAGUAGCCAAUACCAUAGGAAUAAACACCAAGAAAGAAUUUGAAACCAUGUUGGAAUUCUAUCAUGAUUUGGGCGUGAUUUUGUAUUAUGGUGGAUCUGGGUCAUUAGACAGUUUGCUGUGUAAUACAAUCAUUCUAAAACCACAGUGGCUGGUAGAUAUGUUCAAAAGAAUUGUAACUGCAAAGCCUCCUAAUGAUAAGUGGAAUUUAUCAAAAGACAAAUGGAAGAUGUUAAAUGAAAAAGGAAAAUUAGAUGAAUCAUUGAUUGACAGUCUGUGGAAGGAUGUAAUUGAUGACAAACCACUAUUGUUAGGGCUGAUGGAGAAGUUUGACCUAAUUUGUGAAUGUCUAUCCAUUGAGUCAGAGGUUGGAUGUACUGGGAAAACAAAGUCAAGAUUAUUCUACAUUCCAUCAAGAUUAGUGAACAGUCUACAUAGUAAUACUGAUCAAACCUUGUACAAACCACAUCCAAAACAUGCUGUAUUUUACUUCAAUUUCAAUAAGUAUCUACCAGAAGGUUUGUAUCACAGGAUCAUUACAAGAACCAUUCGCUGGUGCCAAGAAAGUACUGGUAAAGAGCCUCACAGUAUGACAAGAAAUGCAGUCAGAUUUUAUCUUGAUCCAGAACAUGACUUUGUUUUGGAGUUGCUCCCAAGGAAACUGUAUAGUAUUAAGGUGGUACUAAUAAGAGUCACAGACAUAAAUGAACAGCCAGAUACUGAAACAGAAGAAAAAGAUGAAGAAAUUGAAGAAAAAGUAUAUAUACCCAACAUAUCUGUAUGUGCCAAGUUAAGAAACUAUUUAGAAAGCACUUUAUUUGAAUUGAAAGAAAUUUGGAUGAAGAGAAUGGUAUAUUCCACUUGCAUACAGUGUCCAUGUGAUAAAUUAUGCAGUCUCCAUGGUAACCAAAAGUGCCAGAAUGUAAAUUGUUUACAUUUCUUGAAUCUUGAUGAGUGCCUUACAUCAAAGGUUGUAUGUUGUGAUUAUAGAAGAGUAAAAACAAACAACAUACAGAUUUUUUUCCCACAACCAUCGCUCCUUGGACUACAGGGAAACAUUCUACCUCAAAUAGACAUUGAAAAGGGAAAUAUGGAAAAAUACAACGAUCAGUUACCAGUGUGGAUUAAGGGUGCUGCAAAACUUCUCAGUUCAGGAGAUGAAAACCAAGACUGGAUGGCUUUGUCAAAACUUAUGGGUUAUAAAGAGGAACAAAGAGAUAAUUUAAUGGAUAACAUCAAUCCAGCUUUAGCACUCCUGGCUGACUGGAUCCAUGCUGGUGGCAAUACAGGAUUAGCAGUAGAUAUGCUGAUAGGGUACCUGGAGAAGUUAAAUAGAGAUGAUGUUAUUGAUGUUAUUCACACUGGAAGAGCUGAUUCCACCCAGGAACCUCCACAAGUGUUCAUCAGCUACCAAUGGGAUAUACAAGAUGAAGUGAGUCUGUUACGUGAUAAACUGGAGAAAUCUGGAUUCUCGUGUUGGAUGGAUAUCGGUCAGAUGGGAGGAGGUGAUCAACUCAGUGUUAAAAUUGAUUCAGGUGUUAGACAGUGCAAGGUAUUUUUGUCAUGUCUUACUCCUAAGUACAUCAUAUCACAUCACUGUAACAGAGAACUUAGUCUAGCAGAUCUACUGAAGAAACCUGUCAUACCAAUCAUGUUUGAGUCAGUAUCUUGGCCGCCACCUGGUGGCAUGUCUCUUAUCUUCUCACAGCUUGUCUACAUACAGAUGAAAGGAGUGGGUGGCCAUGGAGGAUCAGGGAUUCAUGCUGAUUUGAAUGACAAGUACAGGGAAAUUAUACACAAAGUAAUGAUGUUUGCUCAACCAGAUUUGAAUAAAUACUUUGAAAAUGAACCUGUGUUAUGCAGUCCUGAUGAGGAAGAAGAUACACAGAGUCGUUAUUCACGAGACUCGCACGAACGUUUGUUACAAGAUAUCGCAGAAAGAUUUAGUGCUAGAAAUUUGAACUUGACUAGGGCAUAUCUUCCUCCAACUAUUCCACAACCAGUGGACAAUGACAGAGAUAAUGAUCAGCGUGUUCAACAACAAGUUCAUGUUAGCAAGUGUUCAGUUUGUAUUCUUUUGUAGGUUAGGCCUCAUAUUUGUUGAUCUUUACUUUUUUUCCCACAAAGUGUUUUUGUCAAACGGGUAUUUUUAUAGUGUUAUUUUAUUUCUUUAGGGUUUAUACAUAAGUAAGUGGAAAUAAAAAUUAGUUUAAAAAUAAAGUUUAGACUGGUCAGUUAUUUUGUGAAAGUAAUUUUAUAUUUUAAUUUUAUUUUUAGUGAAAAGUUCUACAUUUUUGUUUUAUAUUUGAUUUACAGAUUUGAUUUAUUCAGUAUAAGUUUGUAUUUUUAACUACAGUUCAUAUUUUGAUUUGUUUCUACAAUAUUUAUACCUAAACACAUGUUAAUCUUAUUAUUUUUUCUUUAUAUUACAAAUUUAUGAUAUUACUGACAAUACCAUUUUUAUUGACAUUUUUGAUAUAGUGUUGAAUCUUUGAAAUUUAAUCUUAAGUUGUUUAGAUAUAACAAUUUUCAAUUAUUAAUCAACAUAUUUUUACUUUAAUGAGCAUUAUAACAGGUGUUAAUAGUGGAUCAGGAACUAUUUACCUUUCUGAAUCAACUAAGUUCACCACCAGUUUUAGUGGAGCUCAUGUUGAUCAUUUUUUAGAUUCCUGUGUACAAUUUUAUUUUCCCUUGAGUGCUUUCAUUUCUUAUAUCCAGUGAACUUAUAAUUAAGGAUACUACUGAACUAGAAGGUCCGAUUCAUAUCUUGGUCGUUUUCUUUAUAUUGACACAGAUAGAUGACCUCAAUGAAUAAUUCAAAAUGUUCCAACUCAUUUUGAGUCAGCAACAAAACCAGUAUUAGUAUGACCUCAGAUAUCUCUUGUCAUUUAAUGGUAUGAUAAUGGUGACCUUUUCUGUAGACAAAAUGUUUCAUUGCCGUGUGAUAAUUUGUCUUUCUAGUUGACAAGUUUUGUGAAAUUUUAAAUGCAGUAUUUCUUUGUACAAAGCUAAUCUGCAAAAAUUAUUUGGAGGUGUACAACUAUACCAUUUAUGUCAGUAGCAAUGCAUUGUGACCUUAAUGUCACUUUGAUAUUUGACCUCAGAGUCAAAUGACUGAUUUUCUUGUCCAAUGCAUCACUGUUUUAUCCUUUGACAUAUGCUGUUGAUAUUUGGAAGAUGGUUUGGUGGGUGCAACACCUAAAGACAAUAUGUACAAAUCAUUGCAGAUGACCUCUGACUUUGAGCUUUGACAUCUUGGUUGAAUAACUGAUUUUUGGGUCUGCCCACAAACCAUAUAUUCUUCUUUGCCAUGGGGAGACCUUUCUACAGCAUCAUAGAUUUAGCCAUUUCCUUAACCGGAGUGACUACGGUACUGUAAAUGAAGGGAGGAAAUAUGGCUGAGUUUCAAUAAAACAGAACCUUCUAUUUUUUAUACGACCGCAAAAAAAUUUUGUGGUCGUAUAUUGGUAUGACGUUGGCGUCGUCGACGACGUCGUCGUGUAUAUAUAUGUAACAUGAUGAAGUAAAAAUAACACCAGUAAAAACAAAAUUUAAAAGAAGUAAAUUUUGUUUUGGUUGUUUCAUCCUAUGAAAUAACAUAUAAAACAUUAUGUUCUUCAUGUAUUAUUUUUUUCAAAAUCAGAACCGUUUAUACUUUUUUUUUUAUAUUCUCUUUCAACUUUUCCUUUUUGAUGCUGAGCAGCCAUUUAAUACUGCUUCUGUCUCUUUAUUUUAUUUAGAGAGCAAUUUUGCAGAUAUUCACCUGUCUUAUAUCAAGUGGGUGCCUUACCUGGCUGACCCAGAUAUUCCUAUUUAGAUAGGUAGAUCAGUGAUACAUACUGUGGAUUCAUUAUUAUUAGUUUGGUACCAAUUGUCAUGGAUUUCGUGGGUAUGGACGAUUCAUUAAUUUUCAAAUGUUCAACAAACUAUAAACUUCUCAUAAGAUUGUAUGCAAACUAUGGCAAAACCAUGAUUUCAAAUAUCAACGAAUAUAUAUUUUUUCUUAGAUCCACCAAGAUUGGUACACACGAAAAUAAAUGAAUCCACAGAACAUUGUUACAAUUUUUUUUUACAAUUUUUGUCGAGCCUGUAACUUCUGUCGCAGAAAGCGAGACAUAGGGAUAGUGAUCUGGCGGACGCUUGGUUAACUAACUAUUUAAAAGCUUAAUAUUUCAGAAGGUAGAAAACCUGGAUGCUUCAUACUCUGUAUAUAGAUGCCUUAUGUUAUGAAGUUUCCGUCUGUCAUAUGUCUAUUGUCCUUGAUCUCAUUUUCAUGGUUCAGUGACUACUUGAAAAAAAUGUAAGAUUUUUUGUAAUGUUAAUUUCUCUCUUAUUAUGGAAAAUAGGAAAACUAUAUUUGGAAUGUGCAUACCUUGCAAGGUCCUCAUGCUGGUCAGACAGUUUUCACUUGACCUCGACCUCAUUUCAUGGAUCAGUAAACAAGGUUAAGAUUUCAUGGUCAAGUCCAUAUCUCAGAUACUAUAAGCAAUAGGUCUACUAUAUUUGGUAUAUGGAAUGAUUGUAAGGUGUACAUGUCCAACUGGCAGGUGUCAUCUGACCUUGACCUCAUUUCCAUGGUUCAGUGGUUAAAGUUAAGUUUUUGUGUUAUGGUCUGUUUUUCUAAUACUGUAUGCAAUAGGUCAACUGUGUUUGUUGUACGGAAAUAUUUUACGAUGUACAUAUCAGUCUGUCAGGUUUUAUUGGACCUUGACCUCAUUUUCAUGGUUCAUUGCUCAAUGUUAAGUUUUUGUGUUUUGGUCUGUUUAUCUUUAUCUAUGAGCAAUAAGUGACAUGGGUCAACUAUAUUUGGUAUAUUGAAUGAUUGUAAGGUGUAUAUAUCUGUCUGGCAGGUAUCAUCUGACCUUGACCUCAUUUUCAUGGUUCAUUGGUCAAUGUUAAGUUUUCCUAGUUAAGUUUAUUUCUUAGAUACUAUAAGCAAUAGGUCAACUAUAUUUGAUGCAUGGAAUGAUUUUAAGGUGUACAUGUCUGUCUGGCAGGUUCUUCUGACCGUGACCUCAUUUUCAUGGUUCAUUGGUCAAUAUAAAGUUUUCAUGGUUUGGUCUGUUUCUUGUAUACUAUAAGCAAUAGGUCAACUAUAUCAGGUGUAUGGAAUGAUUGUAAGGUGAACAUGUAUUUCUGACUUGGUUUAUCUGACCUUGAUCUCAUUUUCUUGGAUCAUGUUAAGUUUAUGUGAUACUUGUAGUAAAACUUUAUAUUUAGGACUAUCAACAUAAAAUCAAUGGUCAGUAAAGGAGGCGAGACAUUUCAGCAUGUGCACUCUGAUAUUGUUUAAAUAUAUUGUUAUAUUUUUAUCCCAAAUGCUUUCAUCUUUAAAUAUUGUUAUUUGCCUAUACCAUGCACUUUAUUUUCUUGUUUUAUUUAUUUUAUUCUCAGUUAUUUUACGACUCUUUACAUCAAACACAAUUACAAUAAAAUUUGUUACUUU